AUGACGCAGGGCUCUUUUUCUUUCGGCAGCCGCCAUGCCAUGCAGAUUGCAGGGCAGGGGAACCAAAAUUUGUCCGGAACCCCUCUGGUGCUCCUGUCGCUGCUCUCGCUCAGCCUUGUUCGCGUCGACGCUGCCGCCGCGGCGUCUUCUUUUCUCGCGGGUCCAGGAUGGGAGAAGGGAGUAUCGGCUGCAGCGGACAUGGUUGGUGUACAGAAGGGGGCGGCAUCGGCGGCGAAGGAGGAAGAGGAAGGGCGGGUGGUGCCGGAGAGGGUGGAGAUGGCGUUGAGCAUCAACGACUACCCCUCCAGCGGCGCCAACAGCCGACACAUCUCGCACCCAUGAUCGAUCCAACGAUGAAUCAGAACUGCAUGCAUGAUGCGCAUGGUUUCGACCAGAGACUGUGGAAGACCAUCGACUCCGAUUCAGCAAUACAUAUGCAGAAUUAAAUAUAUGUUCCUUCCCAUGUUGGAAGUGCAUGCAUGUUGAUCUCGAAUUAACGCAUAAUGGAGCAUUAGCUAAUUCGCAAGUCGCAACUAGGUCAUCUCCUUUUUCCUGACCCUGAAGAUCCGCCACUGGCUUAAGCCCCAUGAAGAUCCGCCCCCUGGAGGCAGCACUACCGAAUGGUUAUGCAGAGUUAAAUGCGUAAUGCUAAUAUGAUAUCAUUUCUAUCACAAAUGUAAUGACAUUAUUUAUUCCCUUGUCGUGUUGGUACAUUAUUCAAAAGUAUACUAUUUCUCGCACAA